AUGGCAGUCGUGUUGAUGUAUUCGUUUGCAGUGAUCUUCCAAGUAAAACCGACCAUCGUUCUUCUUCCGUCGCGGAUCGAGGAUUCCAUCGAAGAAGCACUAAAAAGCGUAGCAGAGACGAACCUACGUAUAGACAUCCGUCCUAGUAACGAAUUCGCCCCAAGAGCUGCCAUCUCAAAGAUCUUGGCACUACAAGCCGAACGACCGACCUCAGUGCAGUUUGUAACCCCUACCAGUGAGCAUCUUGCAACUAGCUCGUCAUCAGACGCUGCGCUACUGGAACUGUCUACAAAAAUCAAUCUUGACAAAGAAAUUUCUAUCGGAUGCGCUGGGGCGGUAAUCGCAUGUGCGCAAAGACUGUCCGCUCUCGAAACUGGCGAUGCCGAAUAUAGCAGCGCAUCACUGAGCAUUCUUGACAUCGAGUCUGUCAGGCUAGACGACAUCAUGUACGUAAACUCAGAUACCAUCUGCUCCUUACAGAUAUUUCUCGACGAAAGCCACCCCGACGUGCUCGAGAGUGCCGCAAACAGGCGCAAAGAAGGCCUCUCUUUAUUCGGAAUCCUCAACUCUACAGCCUCGCCAUUCGGCCAUCAACUGAUGAAGUCUUGGUUUUUGCGCCCGCUUCUGUCUGUUGAGAAAAUCAACGAGAGACUUGAUGCGGUUUCACUUCUUGUGAGACCCGAUAAUUAUCCGCAUGUCAUAGAUGGACUCAAGGGGUGCCUUAAGCGGGUCAAGAAUAUACCAAAGAUUGUUGCAAACAUGGCUAUGGGAAAAGCAACGAUUGCUGAGUGGAAGGGUCUCCUUGACUUUGCGUAUCAAUGCUUGAAGAUUAGAGUCAUACUAUGCAAUAUAGUAAACGCUCAAGAUAUCAAGAUUGUCAAGAAGAUCACCGAGCAGUUUGACUCUGUUCCUCUCCGUGAAGUUUGCGAGCUUAUCACAUCUACUAUCGACUUUGAUAUGUCUGCAGUUGAGAACCGCGUCGUUGUGACCUCUGGGAUCGACGAAAAUCUCGAUUGCCUCAAAAGCCAAUACGACGCCAUCGAGGAGCUUCUUCGCGAGACGGCAAUCAAUCUCUCUCGCGAUCUUCCUGAUGUCUAUGGUGACGCAGUCGAUGCAGCAUACGUCCCGCAAAUUGGAUUUCUAGUCAAAAUUGAUUUAGGAGCAGACACCGGCGAACCAGUAUACUUUGGCGAUGACUGGGAAUUGCAAUUCAAGACUGACCAGCACGCUUUUUUCAAGUCUGCGGAUGUCAGAGAACUUGAUGAGAAUUAUGGAGACCUCUACACUCUCAUCUGUGAUAUUGAGAUUGAGAUUGUCCAUGCUCUUCAAGUUGACGUCUUGAAAUACUCAGAUCUACUGACAACCUGCUGCAAGCUGACCGCGGAGCUGGACUGCCUGGUAUCGUUUGCGGAAUCGGCAACACUCUACAACUAUCAUAGACCAACAGUAACCGAGGAUAACGUCAUUGAUAUCAAAAAGGGUCGUCAUCCUCUUUAUGAGCUCUCGGUUCCGUCUUUUGUUGAGAACGACACACUGCUUCGCGGAAGUGAAGGAGUAGAAAUCGACACCAAAGAGAACGCAGACACUCUUCCGUCGACGAUCCUUCUCACUGGUGCAAACUUCUCAGGAAAGUCUGUGUACCUCAAACAAGUUGCUCUAAUAGUCUACAUGGCCCACAUAGGCUGCUUUGUCCCUGCUGCCUCAGCUACCAUCGGUCUCACGGACCGAAUUUUAACUCGCGUAAUGACCCGCGAAACGGUCGCUCGCGAGCGAUCAGCAUUCAUGAAUGACAUUAUGCAAAUCUGUACAGCACUGCAGCUAGUCACCCGACGGAGUCUCUUGAUUGUUGACGAGUUUGGGAAAGGUACUGAGGCGUGCGACGGAGCAGGUUUGUUUGGCGCUUUGAUUGAGUAUGUAUCGCGGAAUGCAUGUGGAGGACGAGGCAGACCAAAGGUGGUAGCCGCCACCCAUUUCCAUGAAGCUCUGGAUGAAAAUGUCAUAAGGAUCUCUGAGAAUGAGGUCAAAUUUGUGCACAUGCAAGUUCUGAUAAACGGAGACACGAAGAAUGAAAGUGCGGGCGAGAGACAGGUCGAUAUGAACAUCACCUAUCUAUAUCAAUUAGUCGACGGCCAUUCUACAUCUAGUUUUGGAAUCCGCUGCGCAGCCAUGAAUGGUGUUCCGAAAGAAGUCAUCGACCGGGCUGAAGAACUCUCGGCACUACUAGCCCGCGGCGAGGAUCUUUCUGUCGUGUGCAGCCGAUUAGAUGCGAAAGAGCUGAAAAUAGUCGAGCAUGCUGAGCUUGUUGCGCGCCGAUUUUUAAAAGAGAAUUUUAGUGCGGGAUUCGAUGAUAUCGCUGUUCGUGAGAAACUUCGGCGAGUCCUAGGAUACUAA